CCCCAAAAGCAGAGUAGACCAAUUCCAAUCUGGUCUCUUUCAGUUUCAUUCAUUUUUUAUUAAUUAGGAAAUCCUCUUUUUCAUUCUUUUAUUUUUCACCCUACUUUAAAAAAGCAUAUAUGGAUCUUUAUGUGCUCUAAUUAUUUUCCCAUUGACUGUUUGUUCUCCAAUUGGGUUCAUCAUUCAAACCUUUUAAAGCUUGAAUACGACGUCAAACACUUUGAUUUUAUCAUUUUUUGUUUCAAUGGUCAUCAGUCUUUUGACCCAACAAACAAAAAAGAGAAAAAUCAGUUAAAGUGAACAACAAGAGUGAUUGUGAAUGAAUUUAUUCAUGCAAUGUGCUCCCAUUGAAGCCUGGUGAGUUGGGUUUAUUAAUUUUUUUUUGUGAAAGUAUAUUUGCAGUCUUGCACACCAAGUGUUUGACAAAAUGCGUCAAAGAAAAGAUGGGGUUGAUGGGCAGGUUUUAGAUCUAGAAACUGCUGUGAAAGAUGGGGUUUUGGGUGGGGGAGUUGGGUUUGGUGGUGGGUUUGCUGAGAAACUGGAUCUGAAUAAGAUGAUUGAAGAAUUGGAUCUGCCUGAUGUCCCAUCUGUGUUCAUUUGUCCAAUUUCACUUGAACCAAUGGAAGACCCUGUUACCCUUUGUACUGGUCAAACGUACGAGCGGUCAAACAUCUUGAAAUGGUUCAGUUUGGGUCGUUUCACUUGCCCCACUACUAUGCAAGAGCUUUGGGAUGAUUCCGUCACACCAAACAAGACCCUUCAUCAGCUGAUUCACACAUGGUUUUCCCAAAAGUACCUGCAAAUGAAGAAGAAAUCAGAAGACGUACAAGGCAAUGCAUCAGAGAUUUUGGAUACCCUUAAGAAGGUUAAAGGUCAAGCGCGUAUUCAAUCGUUGAAAGACCUCCGCCGGAUUGUAACCAAUCAUGCUACCGCGAGAAACGCGGUUGUUGAUAAAGGAGGGGUGACUCUUUUAUCAUCCUUAUUAGGUCCUUACACAUCUCACGCCAUUGGUUCCGAAGUGGUUUCGAUUCUUGUUAAUUUGACGCUCGAUUCGGCUUCACGAUCGAAUCUGAUGCAGCCCGCGAAAGUGUCGUUGAUUAUAGACAUGUUAAACGAAGGCUCUAUCGAAACAAAGAUCAAUUGCACCAAAUUGAUCCAAUCAUUGACGGAACAAGACGAUUGCGAGCAAAUCGUUUCCAGCCACAGUUUGUUGGUCGGUUUAAUGAGGCUGGUUAGAGAUAAACGACACCCGAGUGGACAUUUGCCCGGUUUAACGCUGCUUAAAUCCGUAUGUGCGCAUCAACAAGUGAGAGUGUUAAUCAUUAGCAUAGGAGCUGUCCCUCAAUUGGUCGAAUUACUGCCCGGGAUGAAUCCCGAAUGUUUGGAACUCGCGUUGUUCGUUUUAGAAGCUGUUUCGGCUGUAAAAGAAGGUAAACUAGCAUUAAGCAGUUGUUCAAAUACCAUACCCAAUAUGGUUAGAAUCUUGAUGAGGGUAUCUGAAAGCUGUACGCAGCUUGCGUUAUCGAUUCUGUGGUCUAUUUGCAAGCUUUCGCCUGAAGAGUAUUCGUCGAUCGCUGUUGACGUGGGUCUUGCGGCGAAACUUCUGCUCGUGAUCCAAAGUGGUUGUGAUCCAUUGCUGAAACAGAGAUCAGCUGAGCUGUUGAAGCUUUGCAGCUUGAAUUACACAGAUUCAAUCUUUAUUUCUAAAUGCAAGUUAACAAGAACCAUAAGGUGAAAAGCCUUGAAGCAUGAUUGUAUAUAGUUGGCUUUGUGGAUUACCAAGGGUAAAAAAAUUUAAAAUCACCUUUUUGUUCAUUUUUUUUCCUCUUUCAAAUAUCAUUUCAGUUUUCAAUUUUGGAAUAUAAAUAUAUUUCUUUAGUC